AUGGAACUCAAGACCGUCCUCAUCGAUAACCCUCAGGGCCUGAACCUGAUUCUCGGCCACUCCCAUUUCAUCAAAACGGUCGAAGACCUUCAUGAAGCUAUAUUCAACACUGUCCCGGGGGCCAAGUUCGGCCUUGCCUUUUGUGAGGCCUCGGAUGUCUGCUUGGUUCGCUACUCGGGAACGGAUCCAGAGCUGGUCACUCUGGCCCAGCGAAAUGCAAUGGCCAUUGGGGCCGGCCACAGCUUUAUCAUUUUCCUACGCGACAUGUAUCCUCUUAAUGUCCUCGGCGCUAUCCGUGCUGUCCCCGAGGUUUGUCGCAUCUACUGCGCAACGGCGAAUCCUGUGGAGGUGAUUGUGGCCCAGACAGAGCAAGGCCGAGGAAUCCUAGGCGUGGUGGAUGGCUUCAGUCCCAAAGGCAUCGAAGGUGAAGCGGACAUCGCAAAGCGCAAGGAUUUUCUGCGGAUAACCACUUUCGACGACCUGGUGCAGAUACCGCCACAUGGAUUUGUGAACAACCAAAUUACCCGACAAGACCUCGAAGACCGUAUCAAUGAAAAAUAUUCAAACAAAGUUGUGCAGAAGGUUGGACUGUGCAUUUGCAUGUAUGACCUUUUGAAGGCUUCUGAUGGCUUGAUCGGUAAUGGCACGGGAAAUGCCAAUGUCAAUGUACAAUUUCGAAUGAUUGUGUUUCGACCAUUCAAAGGCGAGAUCAUUACCGGUGUUAUCCAGAAAUGUACACCAGAAGGCAUUCGGAUUACAACACGAUUCUUCGACGACAUUUUUGUCCCACCGACCAUGCUUUUCGAGGGGUGUGUCUACAACGAGACCGAACAGACCUGGGUCUGGGAGACUGAAGGCGACCCAAUCUAUCUCGAUGAAGGCACCAUCGUCAACGUCCGUGUCGAGGCUGAAAAGUGGAAUGAUCAAGCACCAACACCUCCCAAGAUAAGGAAACCUGGCGAACCUGAACCUGCCCCGGUGGUAGAGUAUAGAGUGCCCUACUCUAUCGAGGCGUCAAUGGGCGAGCCUGGGUUGGGCGGCGUGGACUGGUGGUGA